UCUUCUUGUCGAACGAACAUGUGGCAGUUUCAGCCGCUAUUUCUUUACACCGACUCUGAAAUAAUAUCACAAGUGAUUUUUAUGAUGUUUCAUUGCGUGUCUUUAUCGGUGGGUCUGUGAAUGGAGUUAUGUUAAUUACAUCAGAAAAUUUCUUAUUUCGAAGAGGUUGGCGUUUGAGGGCGGGCGAGUCCUUGAGCAGAGUCCGUGGAGGAGGGACUGUGGCCCUCUGGUUUUGAGUUCAAUACCACAUUCAGUAGAUCUGUUGGGUAGCAAGAACAGGACUGACGUCUGGUGACGUCAGUGAGUGAAGUGAGUGCCAGGACGAAGACGCAUUCCUGUGUGUCUGCAGGCAGGCAGUGAGGAAACUGGACAGGUACCUGGUGGUCUGCAGUUAAGCCCUAAGGGACACCCACCAGCUGUGUCAUCGCCAUGACCCGCUUUGAGACUCCGAGUCAGGUCGUGCUUCUGUUCGUCGGCGCAGCGGGUGUCAGUGUCAUCCUCAUCGCGUUGCUCAAUGUGGAGGCGAAGAACAGGAAGAUUAAAGAGCCGGAGAUUGAGAACAGGAACCUGUUCCAGGCGCUGGGAAGGCAGAUUGCGAGCUGGACCACGAGGUGGCGUCACCACAACGGCAGCAGCGACGCUGAAAGCACCGGUUUCAGUGUCAAUGUGAAGAAGAGAAGUUUGAAGUCGAUACGACAUGAUGGAGACAAUAAAGGGGAUCAUCCUGUGCGACACCACGGGAAACACCGCUGGAAACUGGAACCGCCUGUGAACCUCAGCGCCACGACGACCAGCUCCCCGGCCGAGAGGAACCCGACGUCGCCUCUCUCGAGGCGACUUACCGACCACGACAUGUGUUACAGCACAAAUCAGGUGCUGCUUAUCAUCGCAGUAACCUGCGCCGUCAACUUCGCCUUUAUCUUCGUCGUCAUGACACUCGUCCACGUAUGCAACCGUGCCGGCGGCAAGCUCAGCGGGCUUGACUCCGUCGCUCUGGCUGAGAACGAAGAAUACGACAUCAGCGACGAGAAAAUGUCGUCGGAUCGUCCCAGCAUACGCCGAGAACCGUCGUCAUACAACAGCGUUCAGGAAUACGUUAAUUCACUGCCGAGCAGUUUCGACAGAACGGCCUCCAUGAUUUCACUCCACAGUCUGCAUGUGGCCAGGAAUCACUCGCAAGAAAACCUCCUCGCAAAGAGUAACAGUCUACACACAUCCUUCUCCAUGGAGGACCUUCUAUUCGUGGGCUGACAACAAAAGUCCGCGCUUGGAUUGUAAGAGUGUAGACCCGCGAGAUGCCACAAAUCGUACGAGGUAUUUGGAGUGCAGACAAUUCUACUAAGACGUGUUAAGAGAAUUGUGGAUUUUAUUUAAGAAAAAGAUAAUAGAAAAACUUGUAAGUUCUAAAAUUCAGACAGAGGCAAGGUAUUGAUAAAAUAAUUAUUUUUAUGGAUGCAAUGGGUCUAAGAACAGAUUACUUUAAACGGGAAUCGGUCUUCCAGCCUUCGGAAAUUAUCGUGUUCGUAACAGGCAGAAAUAAAACUUGUUCCUAAAACCAUUAACUCCCACGUUCAUGUAAUUUAACACUAAAGUUGGUUUUUUUUUGUGAUUAUUGAAAGUAUAAGAGUACGGACAUCAACCAAAGAAACUUCAGCAUCCUUUCAUGUCUUGGUCAGAUCAUUUGGGUAAAGUUCUAGGAUCACCGCCACUAUCAUCUGAGCGUAAGUUUCCUGAUUUGCGUAGCCGAGUGUGUGUUCAACCAGUAAGAGCGUUCUGGAGCAGUUCCUGGUUACUGUAAGCAGACAUUUAAAACAUUGAAGAUUUCUGUCUU